AUGUUAACGCGUCUUUUAUCUUAUUCAAUAUCCAUAUUCUCGAGACCUAGCCUGCGAUACUUUACAAACCAUGUUUCUUUACACCGACAAAUUACUCAUAAUGUAAAGGAAAAUAAUCCUCUAACCAAAGGAAAUAAUACGAAUUGCAACCCAAACCCAAAUUCUAUUAAAUCAAAAAAACCUUAUUUAUUAGGGGUAAAUGAACCACCAAACAUUGCGCAUAAAAUGGAUACGAGAACUUUGUCAGAAAAACUAAAGUAUUUUUUCAGUAUAGAAUCAAACGUAAAGACGAGAGAAUAUUUAAUAAAAGAAUAUCAAACAUCUUACUGGAAAGGCUUUAAUGAACUGAGAAUCCGGGGUGAAAAGUUAUGGGAAGCUAAUGAGGAAGCUAUCAAAGCAGAUAAAGCAUUAUAUAUGCCUAAUAUUAACGCUCGUUCUUUAUUAAAAACGAAUAUUGACACCACGAAUUUAUUAAGAGACAAUACGACUUUAUUAACAGUAUUCUUUAAUCGAUUUGGAGAGAUUCAAGUAAAAAGUUUCAUUGAACCUUUUCUUGCAGAAUUCUCUAAUAGACCAAAAAUACAAUUAAUGCAAUUGAACAUUGAAACGAAUAUUUUAAAGUCUUUUAUUAUUAAAUUAUUCAUUCCAAACAUUCGAAGAAUAACUCCUCAAUCCCUUCAUAAAACUUAUAUUCUUCUCUGCCAAAACGAUCGAUUUUUACGCGAAGCAUUAAAUAUAUAUAAUGCUUAUAGAGGAUAUGUUUUUGUGAUAGACGCAGAUUGUAAAAUAAGGUGGUUUGCACACGGUUACGCUACUCCAAAAGAAAUUGAAACAAUGUUAAAAAUAAUCAAGGAUCUUGAUAGAUAUAAAAAUAAUAUCUGA